GGAACUGAGGAGAAGAGCAGCCUCUUCGCAACUGGUUUCACCAAGUGCGUGCUCACCCAAUAGCCAACCCGCAUAUCGAGAAAACCGAAUGAGAGGCUUCUCUUCUAGCCAAUAUUGUUCCAGCACUCCUUCCGCAAGCCAUCUUGGCAACCUGAAUGGACAGCCAUGCACCACUGAAGAAAGAGAUGUCCUCCGUCAUGAACCAGUCUCGAGGGCCGGAUUGACAAACAGAAAUGACAGCGGCACACAAUCGUCUGAUGGUUAUUGCUGACUAUCGGCCUGCCGUGUCUGCUGCGCUGCAAAGAGGCCGUCUGUCUGUUGAUGGUUGUGUCGAUGUCUGGUCGUCCGGCCGUCUAAAUGGAUGAGACUGCUCGCGGCGACGACGUCGUCCGAUAUCAAUUCGACGACUUAUCGAUCUGACAUGCAUUGAGCCGCUUCCUGCACUGCCAGCGUGUAAUGCAACCGCCUUAGUUUUCUUGAGGAUUUUUUCAAAGCCGCAUCAACAUGAUGCUAAUCCCCCCCCACAGUCUCCACGACGGCCGUCACUGGCACCCUUCUCGGCAUGGAGUUUCCCGACAGCCUCAAACCGCAACAUCUGAGUGGCAUAUUUUGAUCUUAUCUGCGCUCAAUGUUUACCAAUAUCUGCCACUGUUUGUCUCACGAGAUAAGCUGGUUGGGCUUCACUUACCUGACCGCAAUGGCGAUGCGACAAAUGAGGCAAUAUAAUGGUCGCGAAUACCAUGGUGCCAUUGACCAAAAAGCGCCGAUUUGCUCUUCGUCGUCGUUGUGUAUGCACUGAACGGCUCAUAAAGUUGAUAUGUCGCCAACAACAUGAUUUCCAUGCGCACAGGCACCAAUGCGUCCGAUAUCGUGGGGUCGUCAUGCAGGAGAGUCCAAAGAGGGUCAAAGGGAGGUCCAGUCAUCGUCAUCGGCGUCCGAUCAAAUCUCGUCGUUUCCCCAGAAGAUUCUUCGAGCCAUGUCCCGCCCGUCUCGACUCGAACCGCCGUGACCAUCUCCUGUUCCAGCGCCCCAGUCGCAUGAUGGCCACUUCCAUAUCCUCCAUGCCUGCCGCAUUGACUGCGCUCAUCAACUUUGAAAUGUCGACCGCUACCGCCGUCGCAUUACAGUCGUUCAUUAUUUCGCCUCUUCACGUCGUCCAUGUGCGCCGACCAUGUGUUGAACCACUGCUCAAGUACGGCAUGCCGAUAACGGUUCCCUUUUUGCCAAUGGUGGUAAGCCGUGGACGGGAAGAUCAGUCGUCGUUCUGGCCAGAACCUCGAAUCGUCCAGAUGCCGGUGGAACAACUUCGGUAUUACCUGAUCGUGGCUCUUUUCGUGAUAGACAUCCAUCUGAGCUGGAUCGUCGUCGAUAAGACCGGCGCAUUCCUCCACGCUAUCCUUCGCGCCGUGUGUAGCCAUAUCGCGGGCGACAUUGUCAAAGAGGAUGCGUUAAGUCGGUAA